CAGGGGACGGGUACUCCAGCUUUGUUUAUAUACUUUUAUUUAGCAAUGUAGAAUUUUUAACAAACUGCAAAGAAUAAGGUAUUGACAAUUAUGGAAAGAAAGGAAUAGUGAAACAAUUCAGAUUAAAUUUAUUUUUGGGCAGAUUUCUAUUUCGUACUUUAAAAUGGAUAAUAAUCGAAAGAACAUUUUCUGCAGUGGAUGAGCAGACAACCUUUACGUAUCUAUAGAAUAUGAAAUAGUUAUUUUAUAAAAAAUAUCUUUUAAGUCUUCACGUUACAGAAGGAUAUCUAAUUCAACUUGAAGAAUAACUGUAUAAAUAUCAUUCGAUUAAACUUUUAUUGUGUUUUAGACUAAAGUAAUCAGAAGUUGGGACGGUUAUCUUUUGGCCAGUAACUUGUAAAGUCACCGUUUUCUUAGUAAAUGGGUAAAAUUCGUUUCUCUCUCUGUUUUUGGUCAUUUUUUAUAUUCCAAAACAAAGAGGGCGCUAUAAUAAUUUUAGUGAAUGAAUGGUGAACAGAGCGAGACACACCCGUUCGAAGUUCUCCGUGUGCUGGCGCAAGUUACAAUCGAAGGUUUUGUACAAUAAGAAAGGAGCAAUCUAAUAGUUGUAACUGCGGAACUGUUGAUGUUUCUCUCUUCCCUUAUCUUUGUUUUUGACAUUUUUUUUUGCGAAAGAUUUUGAUAUCAUUCAGUAGUUAUUUUAUUAAUUAUCAGGCCAACGCAUGGUUUUACCAACAACUUUUGUGACCACCCAUUUUGGUCUUGGCAUCACUUCUCAAAUUAUAGAUACAUCUGUCACCAGACCAUUGUAUAAGAUGUCUUUUCGAGGUGUCAGAAGUAGCAAGUUUCGACAUGUAUAUGGAUGCCCAGCAAGAAAAAAUAACUGUUAUGAAUGUGUCAAAAUUACUAAGAAUGCCCAUGAUAGCCAUUUCUGUGCAGUUAACCCAAAAUUUGUUGCAGUAGUGACAGAAUCAGCAGGUGGUGGUUCCUUUUCAGUUAUCCCAAUUGAAAAGACUGGACGUUUAGAGGUUGGUGCUGGAAAGGUAACUGGACACAGAGGGCCAGUGCUAGACAUUAAGUGGAACCCUUUCAAUGACAAUGUGAUUGCAUCUUGUUCGGAUGAUUGCACAAUAAAACUCUGGUUCAUCCCUGAUGAAGGCUUGAUGCAUUUUAACCUGACAAAACCUAUCAUGGAUCUGCAACACCAUCGUCGGAGGGUUGGCUACAUUGAGUGGCAUCCAACGGCUGAAAACAUCAUUCUUAGUGCUGGUUUUGACAACUUGGUUCUUCUCUGGCACAUAAGUAAAGGAGAAGUUGUGAAGACCAUCGAUUGUCACCCUGAUUCCAUUUACUCAGUGUCUUUCAACCGAGAUGGCAGUUUACUGGCAACUACUUGUAAAGAUAAGAGGUUGAGAAUCAUAGACCCUCGACAGGGAAAAGUGGUUAUGGAAGGUCCUUGCCACCAGGGGUCCAAGGCCUCCAAAGUUGUGUUUCUUGGGGAUACUGGACGAGUUUUUACAACUGGUUUUUCCAAAUAUAGUGAUCGACAGUGGGCUGUGUGGUCACAGUAUGACCUUAGUGGACCUUUGAAAAUAGAAAAUAUUGACUCAUCAUCUGGAGUUAUGUUUCCUUACUAUGAUCAUGAUACCAAGAUGGUCUUUCUUGCUGGAAAAGGUGGUGGUAACCAAUAUUUGAUGGGCUUACUUACGAAAUUGCCUCCCAGUGGCUCAGCG